AUGCGUUCCGCUCUCUUUGCUGCUGCUUCCUUGGCCCUGACAGCCUCGGCCUCCAAGAUCAAGCGCCAGGGUGACUUCACGCUCCCCGUCGAGCCAAAUACCUGGACCUCGGACGGCGUCGUCCACACCGGCAUCCCCCUCGGCACCUUCACAGAGACCAACACCAACACGGACGUGUUCGUCCCUACUACCGUGCCCCUCGAGACGCCCACCAUGUCAGACGACACCCCUAUCGUGACCGUCACCACCCCAGCAGAGACCGUCACCUACACGACGCCCAUUGGCAGCAGCAGCACCACCGUCACCUCCCCCGCUGAGACCACAACCAUGACCACAUUCGUCACCGAGACGGACGCCACCACCGAGACUGAGUCGCCCACCGAGACUGACGAGGACGGCAACCCCGUCGAGACGGACGGCGGUGACAACGAGGACGAGCCAGGCGCAGCGGCACUCGCCAGGCCGUUUACCGGUGCUCUCGGCGCCAUUGCUGCUGUCGGCAUCGCCAUGGCCCUGUGA